CUCCUCGCUCGCUCGCGCCCUCGCCUGCGCCGCGCCAAAACGCAUAAAAUUCCAUCACAACCAUUCGCCUUGUUCCCUCCCUCCCUCCCUCACCUCUCCCGCGCCCUCGCCAUGCCCGCGGCCGCUUCCUCUUGGCGUUUCUAGAUGGGCUCCUCCUCCCUCCUCCUCUUCCCCUCCUCCUCCUCCGCCUCUUAUUCCUCCUCCUCCUCACAUGCCAUCACCUCCUCUUCCUUACUGCCUCCUCUCCCCUCAUCCGACCACCACCACCACCUCCGCUACCUCCACCACCUAGAGGACCAACACCACGCCGCCGCCAUGGUCCGCAAGCGCCCCGCCUCCGACAUGGACCUGCCGCCGCCGCGCCGCCACGUCACGGGUGAUUUAUCUGAUGUCACGGCGGCCGCCGCGGCCGGGGCGCCGCCGAUGUCGUCUGCCAGCGCGCAGCUCCCCGCGCUGCCCACGCAGCUCCCGGCGUUCCACCAGACCGACAUGGACCUCGCCGCGCCGCCGCAGCACGCGCCGGAGGGAGGCGCGCCCAGCACGGCCUGGGUGGAUGGCAUCAUCCGCGACAUCAUCGCCAGCAGCGGCGCCGCGGUCUCCAUCGCGCAGCUCAUCCACAACGUCCGCGAGAUCAUCCGACCCUGUAACCCCGAUCUUGCUUCCAUCCUCGAGCUCCGCCUCCGCUCCCUCCUCGCCUCCGACCCCGCGCCGCCGCCGCCUCCUCCCCACCAGCCUGCUCUCCUCACCGAUGCCACGGCGCCCCCCGCCCCCGCAUCGGUCGCGGCGCUUCCUCCCCCUCCACCGCCGCAUGACAAGCGCCGCCGCGAGCCUCAGUGUCAGGAGCAGGAACCGAAUCCGCCGCAGUCGCCGAAGCCCCCCUCCGCGGAGGAAACCGCCGCGGCUGCCGCCGCCGCCGCAGCGGCGGCUGCUGCGGCCGCCAAGGAGAGGAAAGAGGAGCAGCGGCGGAAGCAGCGCGACGAGGAGGGCCUGCACCUGCUCACGCUGCUGCUGCAGUGCGCGGAGUCGGUGAACGCGGACAACCUCGACGAGGCGCACCGCGCGCUGCUGGAGAUCGCCGAGCUCGCCACGCCGUUCGGCACCUCGACGCAGCGCGUCGCCGCCUACUUCGCGGAGGCCAUGUCGGCGCGCCUCGUCAGCUCGUGCCUGGGGCUGUACGCGCCGCUGCCCAACCCGUCGCCGGCCGCCGCGCGCCUCCACGGGCGCGUGGCGGCGGCGUUCCAGGUGUUCAACGGAAUCAGCCCGUUCGUGAAGUUCUCACACUUCACGGCAAACCAGGCGAUCCAGGAGGCGUUCGAGCGGGAAGAGCGGGUCCACAUCAUCGACCUGGACAUCAUGCAGGGGCUCCAGUGGCCGGGGCUGUUCCACAUCCUGGCGUCGCGCCCCGGCGGGCCGCCCAGGGUGAAGCUCACCGGGCUGGGUGCGUCCAUGGAAGCGCUGGAGGCGACGGGGAAGCGGCUGUCGGACUUCGCCGACACGCUGGGGUUGCCCUUCGAGUUCUGCCCGGUGGCUGACAAGGCCGGGAAUCUCGACCCGGAGAAGCUGGGCGUCACGCGGCGCGAGGCCGUCGCCGUUCACUGGCUGCGCCACUCGCUCUACGAUGUCACCGGCUCCGACUCCAACACGCUUUGGCUCAUCCAGAGGUUGGCACCAAAGGUUGUAACAAUGGUGGAGCAGGAUCUGAGCCACUCAGGCUCAUUCCUGGCGCGUUUUGUGGAGGCCAUCCACUACUAUUCGGCAUUGUUCGACUCACUGGAUGCGAGUUACAGCGAAGACAGCCCGGAGCGGCAUGUUGUGGAGCAACAACUCUUGUCGCGGGAGAUCCGCAAUGUGCUAGCCGUGGGCGGCCCAGCACGCACCGGAGAUGUUAAAUUUGGGAGCUGGCGUGAGAAGCUUGCACAGUCAGGCUUCCACGUCUCAUCGCUUGCUGGCAGCGCUGCUGCCCAGGCCGCGCUGCUUCUAGGGAUGUUCCCCUCUGAUGGAUACACGCUCAUUGAGGAGAAUGGCGCUCUGAAGCUUGGAUGGAAGGAUCUGUGCCUUCUCACAGCAUCUGCUUGGCGCCCAAUUCAAACUACUGGCCGUUAGGAUCAAGGGAAAUUUAUAGAGCUAAAUUAUCACUUCAUCUUACUUAUUAGAUGCAAUUGCCUAGUUCUUUUGCUUCUUUAGAUGCUGAAUUUGGUCAAUUCUGAGAAAAAGAAAAAAAAAUGAAAACAUUCUGAUCACUAAUUGCCAGAUCUCCACAGUGGUAGUUACUACUUACUAAUGUUCAGCUCAGCUUAGUUUUUAUUCAGUUCAUCAUCCACUUAACCAUUCUGGCAAAUUUAGUUUAUUGUGCCAUUUUAUUGUGCUUCUUAGCCCUUACUGACGUUAGAGAUGGAAGAUAUCAUAUGGCUGGUGAUCAGAAAAUCUAAUAUCUGGUGGUUAGCGAGUUUAAUUAGAUUCUUGAUUGUCUUGCCUUGCCAAUGAUUACUGAGUAGUAUUGUAAUUGUUCAUCUAGUAUGAGAAGUCUAGUGUACAUUUAAGAUAGUGCUCCAGAUUUUCCCCAGAAAAUGAGUGGAGGUUUCUGCUGAAUACCUAAUGAUGGUAGCACAGGUGUUGUGUACUUCCAAAUCAUGAUGUUGGUGGCUUUAGUUGCUGUUUAU